AUGAGCGGUGGCGCGCGGAGGGUCCUGGAGGCGUGGAGGCUCGGCGUGGUGAAGUACGGCGAAGCGCUCCAGCUCCAGGAGCGUCUCGUCGCGGACCGCAAGGCCGGCCGCGUCGGCGACCUCGUUCUGUCGCUGCAGCACCCGCCGACCUACACCCUGGGCAAGCGGCGCGAGAAGGCGGAGCGGAACCUGCUCGCGCCGGAGGCCGAGCUGCGCGCGCUGGGCGCUGAGCUCCACCGCACGGAGCGGGGCGGCGACGUCACGUUCCACGGGCCGCGGCAGGCCGUGCUGUACCCUGUCCUCUCGCUCCGCUCCCUGGGGCUCGGCGCGCGGAGGUACGUCGAGGGGCUCGAGUCCGCGAUGAUCCAGGUGGCGGCGCUCCACGGCGUCUCCGCGAGGCCCGGGGACCCCGGCGAGACCGGGGUGUGGGUUGGGGACCGCAAGAUCGGCGCCAUCGGGGUCAGGAUCUCAUCCGGGUUCACGUGGCACGGCCUGGCAUUCAACAUCGACCCCGACCUGGGGUACUUCGAGCACAUCGUGCCAUGCGGCAUCGCCGGCAAGGGGGUGACGUCGCUGCGGCGGGAGGUGGGGGACGGAGUGGAGCUCCCGGCCGACGGGGUCAUCCACGACCAGCUCGUGCGGUGCUUGGCGACAACUUUGGGUUUUACCGAUGUGGAAUUCAAGGAUGAUUGUGAGCGUGGAGACCUUAUUGGAGCUGCAACUACGCAAUCCUGA